UUCACCAAGCUGGAAUUUCCCAGGAUGUGAGCAAUAGCUUGUUUUUCGCAAACAAUCUGCUGCAGAUCUGCGCCGACAUAAAUAGCCAAGUGGGUUUUUUACGAAAGCUAGAUUUCUUACCGACGUUAUUUAAUGUUCAAUUGGUGUAACUGAGGGAGAGUUUGACGGCCAAAAUAGUGUGUUUUUAUUGCACAUAAAUUUUGAACUUGGGGCAUUUUCGUUGGAAUUGAAGGGCGUAUCCUCGGCUAACACAUCAAGUCAUUGCAACCGUGUUUGUACGCCUAGAGAGAGAACGUGCAAGGAAUCGUCUGACAGCCAGGCUGAGUUUUGUUCUUUGUGAAAUAUUAUAGCAGUGAUACAACACAGUUAAUGAUGGCUUCAAGGGAACACUUUCCAAUCAUUUUAUCUUCUGAUUGUGGUAAUAUGGGAGAAGAUGAUCUGAUGGUGCUCAGUGACUCUACUGGGUCCUCGGAGGAAACAAGUAGUGAAGAAGAGACCGAUGCAGAUGAGGAGGAGGGGGAGGAGGAGGAGGAGGAGGAGGAAGUUGGGGGAGGUGGUCUAGGUAAAGAUUUACCCAAAAAAGACAGAGAAGGAAGCAUGGGAAAGACAAAUGUUUCUGCUGUGAAGAAAGCGGUGCAAGAUUCAUCUUCAAAAGAUACUUCCUCAUCCUCAGCUAAACAAGAGAAAAAAACAAGAAGCAGACCACCUCGAGAGAGGCGCAAAAGGAGGACCCUAGAAACCAAUGCUGCAGGAGAAACAACGUCUCAGAGAUUGAAAUUACAAGUACAGGUGAAAAAUGUAUGCACUGACCAAGACUCAUUCAAAACUUUUCUGGGCUGCUUAAAUGUCACAAAUUACAAAAAAAUAUACUGGAGGAUGAAGGAUUUGCAGAACAGCCAAGCCAGCAUUCUGUUUGUAAAUCAAGAAGAUGCUGCUGCAGCACAGAGGAUUCUCAAUAAUUGCUCAAUAGGUGCAUCUGACAGGAAACUGUCAGCUUUUUUACAAGACCGAAGAUCGCGUCGUCCCAAACAAAACAAAAAUGGAAAAACAUCCUCAGCUGUUCAUAGAAACAAUCCACACCAAAACAAGGUUCAUCCUGAUGGUCAGUCUCCUUCAUAUGACCAACGCCAGAGACAUCAACAAGGUCACCGUAAUCAUGACCAAUAUUCUCAUCCAGAAAGUGAACAGCAUCCAUCUUCUGACCAAGGAAACUAUUCAGGUUCCCAUAGAGGUUGGUAUACACAAGAUGACUGUCCGCAACCCUCAGACCAUAAUCCAUAUAACCCUCGAUCUUCACAGACUGGCCGCGGUAAUUCCUCUGGGCGAGGAAACUAUCGAGGUCACCCUAGAGGUGGUUACACACCACAUGACCGCCACCGACCUUCGGACAUGGCAUAUGACCAUCAAUCUUCACAGACUGGCCGGGGUAAUUCCUCUGGGCGAGGAAACUAUCGUGGUCACCCGAGAGGUGGUUACACACCAGAUGACCGCCACCGACCUUCGGACAUGGCAUAUGACCAUCAAUCUUCACAGACUGGCCGGGGUAAUUCCUCUGGGCGAGGAAACUAUCGAGGACACCCUAGAUCUGGUUACACACCAGAUGACCGCCACCAACCUUCGGACAAGGCAUAUGACAAUCAAUCUUCACAGACUGGCCGCGGUAAUUCCUCUGGGCGAGGAAACUAUCGAGGACACUCGAGAGGUGGUUAUACGCCAGAUGAUCAUCCCCUACUCUCGGACCAGAAUCCAUACAUGGCAAAUGACCCUCAAUAUUCACAGACUGGCCGUCGUAAUUCCUCUGGACGAGGCAAAUAUCAAGGACACAAAAGAGGUGGUUAUACACCAGGUGACCGCCGGCCCAGCCUGACACAUUCUGAGCAAGAUGUUCAACUGAGGGCUGACCAAAGCCAGCAUCCAAUCGGGCUACCUAGACAGCCCCAAGCUCCUGAAAAGAACAUCCCCUCAUUGAUGUCGAUGCCUCUUGCUCCAAAUAUUCCUUAUGAUGGAGAUGAUGACCAGAGCAGCAUUGCAUCAGGAAUGAGUGAGAGGAGUGGUACAUCAUCACAGCCAAUCUCAUUACAUGUGAAAAACAUCGAUGACGGAGUGAGCAAUGAUGGAUUUUGUCAUUUCUUGUCCGACAAAAAGAUAUCAUUCUCAGAUGUAGACUUUUUUACUUCCAAAUCAGGGAGGCGAUUUGCUAUUAUCCAUUUUGCAUCUGUCACGGAAAGACAAAAGGCAAGAGGUAUUCUGCACAACCGCUGGAUUUUUCGUGGUGGCCCUGUAAUGUGCGUAAGCUACAGUCAUCGAAAAGCUAUGUCGAGCCCCAGUGAAGAUUUGCAUCCCCCUUCCUUUGAAGCAACUGGAGACCCUGAAGGGGCAACUCGAGGAAGUCAUGAAGGGAGGGGUCAAGGCUACAGAGGUCGAGGAUGUAGAAAUCGAGGAGAGAGCAGCCGUAGAGGGAGAAGCCGUGGAGGGAGAGGUCUUGGAGGUAGAGGCCGUGGAAGGAGGACAAGAAACUGGCGACAGAAAAUGGGAGAAGAUUCUGAUAAUCAAUCAGAAUGUAGUGAAGUGAGGAGCAUCUGCUCUACUGUGGUGAGUCAUGCCAGUUCCUCUCAAGUCAAACAGUCUUCACCUCUCUGGGUAACAAAUAUUGGGGAGAAUUUCGAUCUUGCGGAAUUCUAUGACUUUCUGGAGUCCCUUGAUUUAAACUGUCAGUGCUCGGGGUUGAAACCUUCCCAAAAAAACAACAACCAAUUUGCUGUUCUUCAGUUUCCAGAUCUCAAGAUGGCAACAGCAGCUUUCGGUGUUUUGAACAAUGACCCGUGGCGUCUUGGGAAUGACACUCCAAUUAAAGCCAGUUUCCCAGUAUCAAAAGAGUCUUACCGAAACAAGAAGUCCGGCCUGUCUCUUCAUGUUGAACAACUUGGUCACGGUCCUGAUGAGGGUCGGGUAAAUGUUGAGAGAUGGCUUGAGGACGCCCAACAAACUAAAGAUUUGAAAGAGGAGAGUCAAAGGGGAUAUCGUCACACAGAAAGGGAGCAAGAACAGAGAGGUGGGCGUGGUCAAGGUAGAAAUGGGCGUGGUCAUAGAGGGAAAGGUAGCUCUGUAGGAGAUGUAAGGUCUCAGUUGAGGAGUGGUGAAAAAACUGAUGAAUCACAUGACGGUGAUAAGGGAACAACUGGCGGGCUUGUAAGGUCAAAACAUAAACCAUGCACAGUCAAAGAUAAUACACAGGAAAGAAAACCAAAUGAAGUUGUCUUAACAGAUCUCCCAAGAAACAUCUCAGAGAGUGAUGUUGUAUAUCUUGUGAGAGAGGAAUGUCAUGGAUUUGUUGACGCAGUGUUGGCCUCCGGGAGAUGCUCUCUGAAGUUUAAGAGACGGGAAGAUGCGAUGGAGGCAGUUUGUAAGCUUUAUGGGAAACCAAUCUCUGGCCAUUGUAUAAAACCUGUCCUCUCCUGGCACAAUGAAGAAGUGGAACCACACAUUGCAAAAAAAGUACUAAAGGACUUAAAAGAAAGAGAAAUGCCAGAGAAAGUCUUUGAAAUUAAACAUAGAAUUAAAGAAGAAUGUAAAGUCAUCAACUCGGAUUUGUCAGAUUGCAGAGACGCCUUCAAAGAAAACCUGUCCUAUGCUGAAAUUCAGCGAUAUGAAAUUUCUAUCGAAACACAUGAGCACCAUUUGGAGGAGAAACAAAGAUUCCUGGAUGAGUUCAACAAUGCAUGUCUUAAUAUUGAAACCGCUUUGGAAGGUUUAGAGCCAAAAACCCAAACCUUGUCAGAGGUACACAAGAUCCGUCAUCAAUUUCUGAGAGAAUGUCGCCGCUUGGAUUCCCCUCUACCAGUCUAUGGCUACAGGUCUAGGAUUGAGGAAGCUAUGCGGCGGAAUAAAGCUGUUGUCUUGCAAGGCGAGACAGGAUCUGGAAAGAGCACACAGAUUCCACAGUAUCUCGUAGACAUGGCCCUGGAGAGUCAGGAAGAUGAAGGCUCCAGCCAGAGACCACAAUGGCGGGUAGUUUGCACACAACCUAGAAGAGUUGCGGCACUCACUCUUUCUAAACGUGUCGCUGAAGAAUACGGAUGCCAGGUUAGCGAAGAAGUUGGAUAUUUUGUCGGCAACAAGAAAUCUGUCAGUGCCAAAACAGUUGUCACUUUCAUGACGGAUCGGAAACUCCUCAACUUGAUCAUCGCCGACCCAAAUUUGUCCGACUAUACUUGCGUCAUCGUCGACGAGGCCCAUGAGAGAUCUGUAGACACGGAUAUUUUGUUGGCAACUCUGAAGAAACUCCUUCGAACCAGAAAAGAUCUCCACCUUCUCAUAAUGUCUGCCACAAUCGACACCACCUUAUUCUCCAAGUACCUCAGUGAAUGUAAAGAAAUAAAGGUUCCUGGUCGGACGUUUCCAGUGGAUAAACAAUGGAUUGGUGAUGAUGUCAGCAUCGGAGAGGGCGACUAUGUUGGGAAAGCCGUCAAACAGACUGCAAAGGUGCAUCGAGAUGAGAAGGAAGGUGACAUUCUAGUCUUCUUGACGUCGGCCAAUGAGAUAGAACAAGCAUGUAGAGACUUAUCUACUUCCCUCGGCCAAAGACCUGAUGACCAAGAUAAAGAGGCAUUGAUACUACCCCUUCAUGGACGACUCCAGCCAGAAGACCAGAUGAAAGUAUUCGCAGACGCAAAAGCUGGACAGAGGAAGAUAAUCUUUGCAACCAAUGUUGCUGAGACCUCAGUGACUAUUAAAGGUAUCCGAUAUGUCAUCGACACUGGCGUUGUCAAAGAGUGUCAAUAUGAUCCAAAGCGUAGCAUGAGUCUUUUGAAGGUGACAACGAUAACUCAAGCGUCAGCUCAGCAACGGGCGGGCCGAGCAGGUAGGACCGGCCCAGGUGUUUGCUAUCGAUUGUACACCAAAGAAGAGUAUAACGACCUGAAUGAAAUGAUGAAACCGGAGAUUUUGCGUGUUCACCUCGGGAUGGCAGCACUGCAGCUUUUAGAGCUUGGUGUCGAAGACGUGGCGAACUUUGAUUUCAUCCAAGCCCCUGAUCGAGAAGCUACACAGCAGGCUAUGACUACCCUGAGGUUGCUGGGUGCCGUGGAUGCAGCUGAUAAGUUGACCUCUUUGGGUCGUAAGAUGGCAACAUUUCCAAUGGAGCCACGUCUCUCAAAGCUUAUUCUUGAAGGAGUAGAGAAACAUCUUACCUCUGAAGCUGUCAUCAUCGCUGCCUUGAUCUCUGCUCCUGGAAGUGUGUUCUAUAGAGGAGGCUCUGAUAAAGACAAAGAGAAAGCAGACCGUCUGAAGCUCAAGUACUGUCAUGACAGUGGAGAUGUUAUAACAAUGCUUAAAGCUUACGGAUCUUGGAAUAGCCAAGCAGCUGCUAAGCAGAAGGCCUGGUGUAUGGAGAACAGCAUGAAUUCCAAGACGCUGAGAGCUGUUCGAGAGUCUGCUAACGAAGCAGCCCAGGUGUUAAAGCUUAAACAUAACAUCGAGUGUAAUGCAAGGGACUACAAGAUGGAAGCCAUUGAUGCGACAAAGACUGAGUCACUUCAAAAGAUCAUCAUGUCGGCUUACUUUCAAACGUUGAGUUUAUACAAUGGUCAUCCAAGAGCAGGUUACACGGUUCUUCCUCACCAGAAGUCAGGGUUCAUCCAUCCAUCUUCGUCUCUCGUUGCACUAGACUGCAAUCCUAAAUGGGUAGUGUAUGAAGAGUUCAAACAAACAUCCCGAAGCUUCCUCUUCAAUGUGACUCAAGUUAACAUCGAUUGGCUUCAGGAAGUUGCUCCGAUGUUUUAUGACGAGAUUGAUGUGGACGCACUUCAUGAAAUGGCUUUGCAAGAGGCUCCUGCGAUCCAACUUGGAACUGCUGUGAUGAGACGUCUUACCAUGAAGAGAAAUGAAAAGGUCCGGGCUAUGGAAGAGUUUAUAACAGAAGCGAAAGGUUCUCCUUGCAUCAUCCAGGUCAACAGAGCCACAAAAGAGUUGCAGAUGUUCAUGAAGAUGAACAUUUGCGAGUUUGCAACAUCGUAUGUUGAGAUAAUUCUUAAGGAAGAGCUGGUGUCUAUCCAGAGAGAACAGAUUGAAGUUCCAGUAGGGGAAUCAGGAGUUGUCCGUCAAGUCGUCGUAGCAGGAGGUCAGACAAAAUACAUCAUGAUGCCAAAUGAUUACAGAAGCCUGGAGGUUAGUUAUGUUACAGAAGACAUGUCCGAAGAUGAUUUGAAGAGAAUGAUUUGUCUCUCAUCUUAUUGCACUCAGGAGGAGAUUCUUGACGUGUACAAGUUUCAAAAGCAAACUACAGCCAAGUGGGGUCGCGUUACCUUUAGUUCCCCCGAGACAGCAGAAGAAACAAAGAUGUCGCUAGAAGUAGAAGACACCCUUCAGCUCAAACCAAUUCUGGGACGUAGUUUUCAAAACAGAGAUAUCGCUAGAGUCAGCUCAAGGAUCGUGGUCAUAUGGUACACUUGGCCGUCAAAAGGCCAUGCGUUUAUCAACUUUGACACGUCAAACCAAGCCUUAGAAAUGAAAGAAAGCUUGCAACAUUUUGACUUCAAAGGGAAGCAAGUGGAGUGCCAACUUAAACGGAAUAACACAAGAGCUCUGUACCUUCAAAGGGUUCACAAAGAUGCAACCAAUGAAGAGCUGGAAGAAGCUAUUGAAGAUUAUACAGACUGCAAAAAAGUCAAAUGCAGUAUUGCUCGUCAACCCCCAGCAAUUUCUAUCACAGACAACCAGGUCACUCAAGACAUCUACAAAAUGUUCGAAGGAACACUACGAGAAGAUCAACUAGACAUCAACAUACUGUUGGCGCGAUCGGAGAAAACACAAAGCAGGAAGGCUAUCGUCAACUUUGAGUGUGACAACGAAGAUGAAGUAGAUGCUUGUAUUCUGAAUAUUCAAGACAACCCUCCACGCAACUCGGCAGGCCAGAUUUAUAUUGUGAAGCUUACAGCAUCUUGCAUGCUCUUCUGUAAUCCUGACGUCUACGUAUGCAUCGAGCAAAGAAUCACAAAGCUCGUUGAGGAGGUGAGAGAAGGAGUCAGAAAUUUGAACGUCAGAGUGAAUAAGAGCAAGAAGACGAGUGACUGGGUGAUAAACGUCGCUGGUGAAAACAUCCAAGAAGUUCAUAGGACACGUCGAGAACUUCUGUCUUACAUCCGGGGCGAGACGGUAUCACUGAAUGAUCUGUGCGAGGAGGAGGUUUCAUUUCAGAUCAAGUAUCACAUUCUGAAGUUACUCCACAAGAAUGGGUUGAGGCAUCUUACUUACGGGUUGGAGGCUCAUGCAAUGGUAGACACUCGUCGCCAUCUUAUUGUGAUUUACGGAAAGGAUGAGGUCAGAGAAGUCUUGAAGGAGCAAGUGAAGAACUACAUCAACAUCAUCUGUAAGAACAAACUGAAAGAAAUCUCAUUAACUGCAGGUCUGUCUGAAGGUUGUACUAAAGGGAGAGCUAUAAGGGCAUUAGUGAGAGCUUAUGGACCUUGGCUUAAGAAACUUGUUGAAGAAACUGGAGCCGAAGCAAUAACACUGAACAUGCGCCAAGGUAACCUUCUCAUAGAGGGCGAUCAGAACGUCUUUGAUAACGCCCAUAAGAUGGUGAGAAACUGCCUCCAAGAGGCUGGACAACAAGCUGCCAUCAGAGUUGGAGGAGAUGAUGCAACCACUGAAGUGGAAUGCGGCAUUUGUUACACAGCAGUGGAAGCCACUGAGGAGGUGUAUCGUCUGAGUGCUUGCUCCCAUGGGUUCCAUCUUCAAUGCCUUCAUGAGAUGUUUACCGUCAGGUUACAGAACGCUAGCAAGGAUUACCCCAUUGAGUGUCCAUGCGAAGGAUGUGGCCUCCCAAUGUUGCUCUGCGAUUUCCGUGUUCUCUGCAGCGAUGAAACAAAGAGACGACGCUUGUUCGAUCUGGCCCUGGAGUCACAUGUCACCCAGAAGAGCGAGGGAAAACUGAAGUUUUGCCCAACACCUGAUUGUCACAUGAUCUAUAAGACGACAAAGGAUGCCGGGGUCUUCUUAUGUCCGGAGUGUCGGAACCGUUUGUGUUCUUCGUGUGGUUCAGAACCUCAUAUGGGAUAUACAUGCGUGGAGUUUAAGGCUUCCGGCAAGAACUUUGACGACUUGGCAUUUGAGAAAUGGAUUAAAAGAAAAGAUGUCAAGAGGUGUCCAGUACCAAACUGUGGAAUCCCUAUCGAGAAAAAUGGAGGAUGUUUUCACAUAAAGUGUCGUGAAUGUAAGAAGCACAUCUGUUGGCAUUGCCUGGAAUUCUUUGAUAGAAGCAAAAUGUGCUACGAUCACCUAUCAGAGAAGCAUGGUGGUUUUUUUUAAUUUUAGUCAAGUAAACACCAAGCUAAAAUCCAGAGCAUAGUUGAAUAGAGCAUAGUUUCAGACAUGCGCGCCAGAGUCACGCUGAACCAAAGUAGGAGUGACUACAAGUCUAACCCAAAUAAAUUUUGGUUUUAUUUUUAUAACAUAACAUUUGUUUGGCUCAUGACAACAUCAACGUCUGAAACCAAGGUGCUCCAGAGUUGUUCUGAACGACUGCAAAAGUCGUUCUUUUGACCUGUCGCUUGUCCAGUCACUCCCAACUGUUUUAGACGUCAAACUUUUCGUGUACGUAAUUCAGAAUUUGAUUUGGCGAGACUCUGGAGCGCCUCUCUGAAACAGGUGUAAAGCCAUUCUGAAAAUCAUCAAAAUCAGGCAAAAAGCCACGGAUGAGUUCUGGAAGAAGGCGUAAAUGUAGAGUAACUGAAAUUAUACAAGAUUAAAAUAAGUGUAUGCACAAAAGCAAAAGGAUUAAUAGUAUGUUUAAGCUCAUUAUAUGAAAUCUUUUAGCUCAGUUAUAACUGUUCUAAAGUAUUGCCUGAAAAUAUGUUGGUAUUAUUAACAAAUUUAAAAUGUUUGUAUAAUUAAAUUAUUAUCAAUUGGAGAAAAAGAACAUUGGUACUUAAAAUAGAGCUAUUUUUGUUGUUCCUCAAAGUUAUAUUAACUCAUCUUUAAAUAAAUGUAUUUUGAGUAACAUUGAAGAAUAAUCAGGGAUGUGAUAGGCUGUUCCAAAAAACACCUGAACUGUGAGCGCAAAGCGUAAAAACUUGCAAGCACGAAGCCUUCUUACAUACAUGUACAUCUAUCUUUGGUUUUAAAAACCCUACUCUGAAAUCAGGGGCCUUUAAUAUGGUUUUAUCUUCAUGUUUUUAGGAAUUCGAUCUCAAUUAUAAACAAUUUUAAACAGAAUUCAUCAAUGUUGUGACAUGAAAUACUUAACUGGAAGGUAUAAUUUAACAGUGUUAUUUACGAAAAAUACUAGAGUAUUAUAGUCUCAAGCAACGCUUGUAGGUUUAGCAACCAAAUGCAUUUGGUUGAACUUUUCAUAGCUUUAAAAAGACUGCUAUUGGCAGAAAUUGGGCGGCUGCUAAAUAAAAUACCAUGUUAUGGCUAUUACGUUUCAACUGAACGGGGCCCGAUAUCAUGGCUCUGCUUAACGUUGAAUUGUGCGCUUACGAUCACCAUUCUCAGCUUACUGUGCAAGCGCUGAAUUUCUGCACAAGCUGUGUAAGCGAAGAAUGCCUUAUAGCAUGGAAUUAGAACACACACUAGCAAAACUUACCUAGCUUGACUUAAGCACGGGAUUCCCUACUUUUGUAAGAGCCGAUUCUUUGCUUACUGUAUAGCAGAGCCAUGAAAUUGGGCCCAGGUAUGUGAAACCGUGCAGUGACAUGAUCAUGAUGUUGUUUUUUUUCCUUCAUUUUAUAAAUGUUUGUUUUUGUUCAAGCUCUGUGAGAAACUUUUGUUUGAGUGCGUAGUGAACAUUUUUGUUUCGUAUAUAAGAUCAUUUCUAGGUAAGUUGAGGGAAUUUCCAUUUUAAAAUUUCAAAUGCAUACUAUGCAUGGAUGUGAUUAUAACAUGCCCUAUCUCCGCCUCUUUACAUUUUGUCCUGUUUUAUGGCAAAACAACUGAUCUCUGUACUUGCUUUUCCCAAAACGUCAUUUUUUGAGUAAGGCCGUUUUUGCCAUGGAAAAGAGCCGUUAUUAGGCCGUGUCCGUACCGGCUACAGCUUUGGCUAGAUCAGCGCGUCUGCCAGUGUUUAAGAAUAGGCAGAUGCGGGCAAUCUAGCGGUAGCUGUAGCCAAAAUCGCCGUAUUAAUACAUGGCUCCACAAAUAAAUGACUCAUAAACAAUGUAUUAUGAGAUAUGUUUAGCCAGUUGCUAGUUUAAUAAUAAGAAUCCGUAUUUAACAACAAUUCCAUUGUAAAUUUUUCGAGAAUAUUUCUUCCAUUUUGAUUAAUUGCUUAUGAAUUACAUGUACUCCAUGCUAACUCAAAUUGAUUCUAUGAUUAAAGAACACAGCUUAUAAGUAAAUCUGA